GGCAAGCCGGUGGUGGGAUUACGCCGGUACAUGGACUAUGUGCUUAUAGAAUAAUCUAAACCAUAAAAACCAUGAACCUUUUUAUAGAAGUCCCAUCUUGUAAAUAGAUGCGCCACCAUGGGCCGAGAAGAACAAGUCGAAGAACGCGAGGUUCUCGACUCCAUCUUCCCAGAUGAAAUCACAGACAUAUCCGAGACCGAGUACCGCAUAUCCAUAAAACUCGACCUCCCCGACGACACCAACGAUGACGAAACAGACGAGCCCCCCACCCUCGUCCUGCACGUGCGGUACCCAGACGACUACCCCGACGAGGCGCCCAUCCUCGACCUCUCGCCGCCGCAAAACAACGCCGCCCCCCCGCACCCGCACUUCUCCGUCGCCUCGGACAAGGCGCAGCUGCUAAGCGGGCUCGGGGACGCGAUCCAGGAGAACAUGGGCAUGGCGAUGGUGUUCACGCUGGUGACGACGCUCAAGGAACAAGCCGAGCAGCUGAUCGCGGAGCGGCGCGCCGCCGCCGCCCAGGUGCACGAGGAGGCCAUGCUGGCCGCCGAGCGCGAGGAGAACAAGAAGUUCCACGGCACGCCCGUGACGCCCGAGACGUUUCUCGCGUGGCGCGACGGCUUCGUCAGGGAGAUGGAGGAGAAGCAGCGGCGGGAGGAGGAGGAGAAGCUCGCGGAGCUGAAGAAGGCCAAGGUGAAAGAGCCGGUGAGGUUGACGGGCAAGCAGCUCUGGGAGCGCGGGUUGGUGGGUAAGAUUGACGAGGACGACGAGAGCAUCCCCGUCGAGCAAGUUGAGAAGCUCAAGAUUGAGGCAUGAAUAAAUAAGGUACCUAGAUAUGCGGAUGAUGCAGUAUUACCAUCCCGGGACUAUGGUGAGCAUCACGCAUGGGUUUGGCGCAAAUCAGGAAAAAGAAAGCUUUGGUGGAAAGAAAAAAUAUCAGAGAAUCGCCUCAUUUAUGAACAUGACAUGACAUG